AUGAAACUAUUUUACACAUUAAUACAAUAUUUUUUAUUGAUUUAUUUUUGUUAUUGUCAUGAUCUUCAUCAUGCAGAUCGAGUCAUAGUCAAACAACCCGAAUCAUCUAUGACUAAUGACGCGCCUAAUAAAAAUAUAGAAACUAUAAAUGCUCCAAAAAAUAAUCAUGAAGAUCUACAUGAUCCUAUUGAUGCUCGUUUUCAAGCUAUACAUGAUUUAAAAAAAUUAACUCAUGAAUCUAGUCAAAAUGAUAAUGAACAGCAAAUACAAUCUACAACUCCAUCAUUACAAAAUCAAGCAUCAAUAUCAAUUGAGAACGAUUUAACAUCUUCUUCUUCAUCUAUAAAAGCACAAACUGACCAACAAUUAAAAUUAUCAUCAACAGAAACAUUAUCAAACAGUAAUACAAUAAAACAGAUUCCAAUUUCAAGUGAUAAAUUAAAUCCGAAAAUAAUUCAUAAAGAUGAUCUAUCUUCUGAACAAACAAUCAAUACAGUUCAACAAACUCUAUCAUCAACACAAUCUGAUCAACAAGAGCAAAUAAAACCAAUAUCCAAUCAUAUUUCAUCAUCUACAAAUACACAACAAUCUGCUGCUUCUCAACCAAUAAAUAAUAGUAAUUCUUCAGAUCAACAUUCACAAAUUCCAUUAAAACCAAUUACAAAUGAUGCAUCAACAGUAGAAGAUGAAUCUCAUAUUCCAGUAUCAACAACAUCACAAAUUUUACGUUCAGCAACAUCUAACCUUCAACAAAAUGUACAUAUACAUUCUCAACAUGUUCAAGCAAAUCAACAACCAGAUGAAAAUAUUUUCAUAACAGAUGGUUCUCAAACAGACAGUGUGAUUGUUCAAUCAUACAGCGAUGAACAAAAACAUUCAAAUGAAGCAUUAUUAAAAUCAGAAGAAUCAGAUAUCGAGUUACCUUUACCACCAACAAUAGAUCGUACGAUUGAGAAUGAAACACAAACAAAUGAUAAUAAUAGUGAUACAAAUCAAUAUUUGUCUAAAAUUGAACCAAAAAUUAAUAACAGUCAGAAUUCAAUUUCAUUAACUCCAAAAGUGAACAAUAACAAUACAAUAUUAACAAACAAAAAUCGACAAAUAUGUUGGUAUUUACCGAAAAAAUUCGAAACAAGUAUUGAAUUAAUCGAAAGUCAAAUUUUUCGUUUGAUCAAUAUUUUACCAAAAUUUCUACAAACAAUUUUAUUUGGACAUAGUGAUGAUCGUGAAAUUUUAAUGAAUACAAUAUGGUUUGCAUCGAGUUGUACAAUGUGUUUUUUAUUUAGUUUGAUUUUUCUUGUCACGGGCACAAAUCGUUUAAGACAAACUAAACAUGAAAAACAAAUUCGUGUACAUUGUCAACAACUUCAACAAAAGAAUAAUCGAAUUGAACUUGAACGUGCAACAUUUGAACGAGAAAAUCAAAAAUUAUCGGAUGAUAUAGAUAAAUUAAAAAGUUUACCUGAACAUGAUUCUGAUGAAGAUAUUUUUGCAUUACGUGAAGAAUGUAUUCGCUUUCAAGAAGAUUUAAAAACAGCACAUGCAAAUCAUCUGCUUUUACAACAGGAUAUUGAUUAUAAACAAAAUCUUAUAUUAAAACAUGAGUAUGAUUUACAACGACAAGUAGAAACAAUUACACAUUUAAAUAAUGAGAUCCUUCAACUAAAACAAGAGUUAGAAAAAGAUCGAGGAGCCAUAGUACGUUUACAAUCAAAUGAUAUUUCGUUGGAACGUUUUGAAAGAUCACAAGAAACCAUUCAAGAACUUAAAUCUGAAAUAACUCAAUUAAAACAAGAAAAAUUAAUCCAAAAUAAUCAAUUACAAAAAAUACAAGAACAUGCUAAUCAAUUGGAUAUUGAAAAUAAUGAUUUAACAUUUAGAAUGAAACAAUUAAAAGAUUUAUUUGAACAACAUGAUCAAAUAAUAAAGCAUAUUCAUAAUAAAAUUACCAAAGACAAAACAUUAGAAUUAGAAGAUUUACGUUCAAUAUUAACAGAAAAUUCUUCAAAGAAUAAUCAACAUGUUAUAUCAACAAUUGAUAAUGAUAUAAAAAAAUCAAAUCAACAUAUACGAGAUUUACAUCAUGAAAUUGAUAUAAAAACUUGUCGUAUAAAAGAACUUGAUUUAUUAUUUAAACAGGAAAAAGAUCGUUGUAAAGAAAUUGAAACUAAACUUAAAGUUAUAUUAGAAUUACGUGAGCAUGAUACUCAUUUACAUAUACGUCAAUUAGGACAAACAGAUGCUGAAUUACGUAAAGCAAGAACAGAUACUGAACGUAUUCGUAUUUUACAACAACACCUUGAAUUUAAACAACAACAAUUAGAUGAUGUACAAAAAGCUCUUUCAACUGAGCAAAUUAAAUUUAAUGAAGAAUGUAGUAAAUUACAACAUGAAACACAUGAAAAAUGGAUGGAUGUCAAACGUUUAACACGAGAACUUGAAGCUUCAAAAAAAGAAUGCGAAAGUCUACGAAAACAAAUUACUAAAUAUGCAAAGAAUACACGUUCUUCACAAGAAAAAACUACAAAUAAACCAGUAUCACAACAUAUGAGAAAUAGUGGAGAACUAGACUCACAACAUAGUUCACCAAUUCAUUAUCAACAAGAUGAAAAACCCAUUGAUUAUCAACAUAAUAAUUCUGGUGGUACUAGUCCAACCGAAAUGUUCAUACAUAGACCAACUCUGUUUAAUAUGCCUCGACCUCCAUUUUUUCCACCACCAUUUAUGAUGCAUCCAAGAUUUCCAAUGACACCUGUUGGUCCACAUGGAAUUAUGUCACCUAUUUCACAUUUGAUUACUAAUGGGAGUGAUACAAAUAAUUCCGAAAUCAUUGAUUCAUCAAACAUAACUCCAAAUUCAACGAGUUAUGAUAUGGAAUCGAAUGAAAUUGCUGUAUCACCUUUACCUGAUGACGAACAUCAAACAAAAACAAAAAAACCAAAGAAAUCAUUAAAAAAAAAGACAAAAACAUCAGGAACAGCAGUUAUCAAAGAAGAUAUAUAA